CAUUGUGCAAACAGACAGUACAGGCAAAGUAUAAUCAAAGAUAUUGAAACUAGGAAAGGAAAAGGGAUGUAUAAAACAAAAAAUGCAGAGAGUUUGAACUUUCACCAUACCAAAUUGGACAAAAAACAGGGAUAACUGGUUUACUUUUACAGGUUUCAUUUGAAGUUGUAGCAUUUUGUAAGCCAAUAUGAAAGCAAACGACAAACUUCAGAUCCUGAAAUUCUUUCUGAUGCUUAUCAAUUCAUUCUUUGUGAUUCUUGGCAUCAGCAUUUUUGCAUGUUCAGCUUGGAUAUUUUUUGAUAAAGACAACUUCAUAAGUGUUAUAAGCUCUGGGCAGGAAGUAAAGCUGGUGGCUGGGGGACUCUUUGUCAUUGGCCUGGUUGUUGUUGGUGUGUCCUUGCUGGGUUGUAUUGGUGCACGUUUAGAGAACAGAUGUUUCAUCAUAUUUUAUCUGAGCUUCUUAAUUGUCAUUGUCCUGGGUCAGAUCUUCAUCACCCUAUCGCUUUUAAUACAACGAGGCUUGAUUGAGAGGUUUUUGACGGAAAGUGUGGCUGGCAUAAUUGUGGAUUAUGGAGGAAAUGAAACACAGUCAUCGUGGAGGCUUUUGGAUAGCGUGCAGAAUUCGGCAAAAUGCUGUGGUAGAGCAACACCAAAUGAAUGGAUGAAUAAUACAGUUAUUCGGUCCUUGAGUGAGACAGACAUCUACCCUUGCUCUUGCUUCAACGAUACCUGCCCCGUAAUCCUAAAUGAAACACACAGCUUUGGAAAGGGUUCAAACAUCUAUAAAAUGGGCUGUGGGACAGUACUGGGAAACUGGCUAGAAAUGAAUAUCAAUGUAAUAUUUGGAAUGGACGGUGGGCUUCUUUUGAUUCAGGUACUGCAGUUCAUCUUUGGCAUUUACACCUACAAAUGCAUUGGCCGCAAAACAACAGAGCUUCACCCCAGUAAUCUACUAAACACUAUGGAGGAGAGUCCUACAGUGGAACCUAUAGACCAGCAGUUUCACACAGACACCCAUCAGCCUAAAGUUCAAACCUAUAACCCGCUAACAGACUGUGGCAAUGAUAAUGAUGGAUAUGACCCUGGUGAAUAUGAUCAUAGUGGAUAUGAUCGCAGUAGCUAUAAUUACAAUGGAAAUGUUGCAGAGAAUUUUGACCAGUACAACAGACAUGAAUUUUAUGAACAGGAUGGCAAUCUAAAUGACAAAAAUUCUCACAAUCUGCAAUACACGCCAAGCUACAAUGGCAGUUAUGAUCAGCAGUAUAUACAAAAUUACCCUCAGAGGUACAAUGGUAAUGAUUACUGAAGCCAGAUGCCUUUCCCUAUGUAAUCUGAUCAGACUGGGAUGGGCUACUUUGAGUGCUCUUUUAAAAACAGCACUCUCUACAAAGAGUAAGCUGUGAUCUGUCUGACCACUUAAAACCUUCACGAAAGUCUUUUGUUUUGUGCCACAGGCUGGGGUACUGAGUUCAGUACUUCUGACAGGAGGUUAGUGCAAAUUCCUAAGAGUAUCAUUUGUCAUUUUAAGACAACCAGCAUCAGUCAUUCUCAUAGAAAUCAUUCCAAACCUCUUAGGUCAGAUGCUUUAACAUAUUUGAGAGAAAGUCACAUUUUAUGGUUUUAUGAUCACAGACAAUGUACUAAUUUUCAAGAUGCAGAUUUUUUGUAAAGAAGUUUUAAGUUUUAUUUGAAUGCCCCUUUACAAGUUUAGAGAUAUUAUAUAACUGUAGAAGUGUAACAAUAUAAAAAUACUGACCUGAAAUCAUAACUGGUACAUUUUGAGAUGAUCCUCACAUACAUACUGUUGUCAUUUUUAAAUACUGUCAUACAUAUGGGAAAAAAAUAAAGGUUUUAUUGAUGAAUAUGUAAAAUAAUAAUUUUAGUUAAUCUUUUUAAAUUAAGAAUAAAACUGAACCUGGUUUCUUCUCAGACAAUACAAUUCAAAAUGACCAUGUUUUAUGUACAACCAAUAGCCAUGGCAACUCAUCCUGCAGUUUGUACGACAGACGUGAAUGAUCCCUCAAAUCGUGCCGCUUGUAAAGUUUCUAAAUGAUCAGACGACCAUUUUUUUUUCCUGGCAUGUGAAAAAAACAGGCAAGAAAUUUCAGAGACUUGAGGAUCAAAAGGGAACAAAUAAACAUUGCAUUUCAGAUGCAUGCGCAAGUAAA